AUGGGCGAAACACACAGAGGAACCCCCCAGAACAUCGCUACCUAUAACGUUCAACGCUUUCGCACUCGUAGUAAACAUACCAUUGCCCCGGACGAACGCAUCAUACCAUACCUGAACAUUGCUGGUUUCGGUCCGAUUAGCAGGAUUGCCGAGUCUUCAAUUGACCACAAGUUUGUUCUUGCUUUGCUAGAACGUUGGAGGCCAGAAACACACACCUUCCAUCUUCCGACAGGGGAGUGCACCAUCACCCUUGAAGACGUCCAUAUGCUACUCGGCCUUCCUGUUGAUGGUAAGGCAAUUAAUGGUUGUGUUAUGCAGGCGAAUAGCUUAUGCCAAGAGGCAAUUGGAAUAGACUUGAUAGAAGGAGCCGUUGGUGCUAGGGGGCAAGGUGUUAACCUAAAGAGGUUAAAGGAGCAUUAUAAAAAGUUUCGCUUGGAUGAUGAGUCUACCCAAGAGACCAUAUUGCAGAAAACUAGGUGUUAUGUAUUGUUGCUUAUUGGAAACGUUUUGUUCCCGGAUAGCACAGGUAACACGGUUAACUUUAUGUAUCUUCGUUUGCUAAUGGAUUUUAGUAGAGUUGGUUUGUACAGCUGGGGGUCUGCGGUACUGGCUACCUUGUACCAGUCACUAUGCAAAAACGCGGUUGCUGAGUCCUGCACAUUCUACGGAUGCGCCCUUUCAUAUGGCGACCGUAUCUCGAGUGCGAGUAUGAGCCUAGAGCGCAGGAUGCAGAAAUCUGGACGACAAAGUGCUGCUUAA